AUGGAAGGACGUGAGCGUCUUGAGAUUGACACUGAAGUGCCUUCAAAUGUCUACGCAUUGAAUCUGCAUAAACUUAGCGAACUGGCGCAUAUUCCUGAAGUGGAACUCGUGCGUGGAAUGCAGUCCGACGAUGCCGUUGACAUGCAAGGCGUUGUGGUAAAUCGCGGUCAAGAAGUACCAUUUGAAGCUGUAGGCAAGACACCAGAAGAUGAUGAGGACGUAUCUAUUUUAUACCAUAAUGGCAGUCAAUCUCCCGAAAAGAAUGCAAGCGAAGGCGUCAAGCAAGUGUUAUUGACUGCGGCUUCUAGUACGAUGUGUUUGGACGGCUCAGACACACCCAAAUGUCUUUUGAUGCUUGGAGAAUAUACACUUAUCGAACAUAUAUUAGCACAAUUAUUUGUCGCAGGAAUGGAGCGAGUUGUGAUUAUCAUUUCGUACUUUGGACAUGAAAUUAUGGAGCAUGUCAAAGAUAGUUUUCUUUAUUCAAAACUUGAUAUUGAAUUUCUUAAUCUUGGUGAAGAAACGCCGUAUGGACAUGCGCGAACGUUACUCUCAGCUAGGGAAAUGUUUACAAAACCGUUUUUAAUCCAUACAGCAGACCAUAUUUUUGAUCGAAGUAUAAUUAAUCGUAUGGCUCAUUUUCAGCUAGAUGGGUGUGUUGCUUGUGUACUGGUUGACACGGAUACGAAAAAACUUAAAGGUUUGCCAUCAACUGCGGGAAAAGUGUUGCUUGAUACCACAAACGGGACAAUUCGCAAGAUUGGACGGAGACUAAAGCAAAUGGAUGCAAUUGAUGCAGGUUUGUUUUUAACGACAGGAAGAAUUUUUGCUGCAUUGGAGAUGCUGGCAUACGAACGGCCUAAAUUUUCAUUGGCAGAAGCGUUAAAUGUACUUCGUCCGAGCUACGGACUGAAAUAUCUAGAGACAGCUGGCGAUACGUGGCUCAGUAUCGAGACGCAAGAACAAUUGGAUGCAAUUGUAGCAAAUAAUAGUAUCGAGCAACUCUCACCGUGGCCAGUGUUUGUUGCUAAAGAGCCGUCCGAGAAGACAGCUACGCAACUGUCGACGUCGAGCGGUAAAAAUGUGUUUUUGGCUGUUUCGGCCGCGGAUGAUGACUCGAUGCUGCGCGCCAUCGAUACACAUGCUCGACAAUCAGCUGAUGUAUUUGAAGGAUACGUAGUUGGUGUUACGCAGCUCCAGGAAGUGGAUGAUUCGUCGACAAGAGCAUCUAUUCAGGCUCAUGAAUUAACACCAUUACUAAAUAGUACAGGAACCCACUCUCCAACGCGCCGUGACCGUCAGGAUUCAAAUACCUCCAUAUCAAUUCGGCGUAAGCGAAGUUCGUUCUUAGAACAGGCCGAAGACUCAUUUGUGUUGUCAAUACCUUUCGCCCAGUCCACUAAUGUCUCGGUCGAUACAGUAAUAGAGAGAAAUGCGUACCUAAUUGAGCUUCCAAGAACUACACCGAAUGGAGGCGGCCCCGGUGCUAUGCAGGAGACAUCGCAGCAAUUUGUGCUAGCUGUACCCGACAGUGACACGCUGUACAAGCGCCCUGGCUUGUUGCGUCGCUUAUCAUCGUUGCCAACAGAUGUGAGGGAUAUUGCUGUGGAGACCGUUGAGUUUCGAAAUGGAACCAUGGAGUUGCAAUUGCUUGUCAAGCGUCAAGUUCCACUUAUUGGUUAUGUUCUAUUACUUGCUGCGUUGUUCACAAUCUCUUCGAUGGGUGCGGCAUUGGAUCUGCAACGAAAUGUGGAUCCAUUCUUGAAGCUAUUUUGGCGCACGACUGCGUCAAUUAUUGUUUUCAUUCCGCUUGCUGGCGCUGCACUAUAUGAUCAGGGACUCCCGCAGUUUUCGAGGCGAAAUCUUAUUAAUUUUCUGAUAUGCUCGCUGUCGUACGCUGUCUAUCUCAUGACGUUCCUCUGGUCGCUAUCGCACACGUCCAUUGACCACGCGUAUAUUUUUAAUAACUGUCAUUCUCUGCUUAUGGUCGUGGGUCGUCUGCUUCUCGGGCGGUAUGUCUCGCAGUUUGAAGGGCUUGGUACUGUCAUCGGUGUGAUUGGUGGAGCGCUCACGACGCUAGAUCAUCAGCAAGCAUCGUCAGAUAGCAUUCAAGUAGUGCAGAUUUCACUAGCUGGAGAUCUUGUUGCCCUGGUUGGCGCAGUUGGAGGCGCUUUGUACCUCAUCACGGCCAAAAGGUUACGUACAGAAAUGGAUAUUACCAUCUUGUUCGUCGGCAUGUUCUCAUUGCUUGCACUGCUGAUCUUUCCCAUGUUUUCGCUUCUUAACAUUCCAUUCGAGGCGUCUCGAGAUCCCGAAAUUGGGCUUUUCGGCUGGUUGGACCCGUCCCGUGCGGUAUCAGAAGCUUACAUCGUUCUUGUUUGUACGCUUGUUGGUACAUUGGGUUACGUUGCUGUGAUGAAAUACUUUGCUCCUAUUGUCGUCUCGGUUGUAAUGCUCGUUGAGCCUGUAUUAGCUGCUUUCAUGGGUGUGGCCGUUGGUGUUGGUGUAUUCCCGGGUCUAAUUACCAUUAUGGGCUCGCUUUUGGUUAUCGCAGGUACUGCUCUGGUAGUCAUUUCCAACUCAUCAAGAACUCAGACGAUCGAUGCCACACAGGCUAUGUCGUCCACAUCAACUACCUUGCCUCAAGGUUUAAGCUCGGCCACUGCUGCUGGCAUGAAGUUUCCAAAGUCGAUCACACCCACGACAGCUCUCAGAUACGUUUGA